GGCGGAGCCUCCGCCGUUACCGCCCCGCCGCUUUCCCCGGGACUGGGGACUCGCCGUCUCAGUGGCCUGUGUGUCCUGGCCGCAGGCCCGCGGCGUCCGUCCCUGACUUCGCGCUGACUAGGGUCAGGGUGGCGCGUGAUCUUGGCUCUGCCGCUACCAAAGAGGGUUGCGCCCCUGCCCGGCAACCGAGGCACGGAAAGGGGACGCCUGGCCUCCGGGCCCCUGUGCUCGCUCUCCCUUCGCAGUCCCGCGCGCGGUCGGCCUGGGCGGCGCCGGGCGAGAUGAGCGCCAACGAGGACCAAGAGAUGGAACUAGAAGCAUUACGAUCUAUUUAUGAAGGCGACGAAAGUUUCCGAGAAUUAAGUCCAGUUUCAUUUCAAUAUAGGAUAGGUGAAAAUGGUGAUCCCAAAGCCUUCUUAAUAGAGAUUUCAUGGACAGAAACGUACCCCCAGACACCUCCAAUUAUAUCUAUGAACGCUUUUUUUAACAAUACCAUAUCAUCAGCUGUAAAGCAGAGUAUAUUAGCCAAGUUACAGGAAGCAGUGGAAGUUAACCUUGGAACUGCUAUGACCUAUACUUUGUUUGAAUAUGCCAAAGACAAUAAAGAGCAGUUCAUGGAAAAUCACCAUCCUAUUAAUUCUACAACAUCCAUAAGCAAUAUCAUCUCAGUUGAGACUCCUAGUAUAGCCCCAUCAAGUAAGAAAAAAGAGAAAAAAGAGCAACUUUCAAAAGCUCAGAAACGUAAACUGGCAGAUAAAACAGAUCACAAAGGGGAACUUCCUCGAGGCUGGAACUGGGUUGAUGUUGUGAAGCAUUUAAGCAAAACUGGCUCCAAAGACGAUGACUAGCACAUGGAACUUGGUGUAAGGAAAGAGUGUCGUGUAAGAAGUGAACCGGGGUCAACAUCUUCCAUUACUGUUUUCUGUAUUGAGGUGGCUUUUUAUAAAACACAGUUUUUGUAUGUUUCUUACAUAAUAAAUGUAAGCGGAAAGUUCAUGUAGACACCUGGUUGUAUUAAAUUAUUUUCACAAAUUUGCCUUAAUAGAAGGUGAAAAUGUUACUGUGUAGUAUACUUUAUAAAGCCUGUUGAGCUUUGAAAAAUGAACAAAUAUGAACAAAUAUGGAUGAUAAUCAGUUAAUUUAUAUGACCUUAUUCUCAUGGAUAGUUUUUUAAGGAGUAUGAAGCCCUCUUCGAAUUGACAAAGCAGAAUAUUCGGUCUGUAGUUAUUACAUAGCAUGAUUCAUAUUAAUAGGUUUCUUAUCCUAAAUAAAGUCUUCAUCUCUUCUUUUGCUUUAAUUACUGAGGCAGAAAUUAUUUCAAAGAAAUUUAAAUACCACUAUUUGAACUUUAUAUCAUACUCUUUGUAGUUACUUCUUAUUUUUCAACAGUGAACUCCUUCUCUUGAUUUGGGUCAAGACGUUUGAUCACAAGAGCUUUUAAUGGUAUGUACAAUAGGACAGUAUAAAAACCAAUCUUCCAGAUACAUUAGAAAACAUUUGCAUAAACAAGAUGUGGUGGUGCAAGUUUAUAAUCCCAGUCCCCUGGACACUGAGGCAGGAAGAUCAUAAGUUUGAGGCCAGCCUAGGCUACAUAGGGAGAACUGUCUAUAAAAAGAGAGAAAAGGACAAAAUUGUAUAAGUACUAUUUCAAACAUUUCUCUUUGCUGCAUAUACUAGUAUGGGUGUAAAUGAUGCCUUAAUAAUUAAUUUUUGUAUUGUUGGGGAUAAUGAUUUUAAUAAAUUCUUAUUUAUCUGCUCUUGUGUUUUUAAUUGUUGGAUAACAAUUAAAUGGGUUCAACAUACAACUAUAUUUCAAAUCUUGUUUUUGUGGUGUCUUUUCAAGUCCAAUGUAUUUAUCAGUCUCUGCAUCUUUUUAAUAUACACGGAAGUCUUUCAAAUGCUGAACUAUUACAUGUGCUUUUUAAAGUCAUUAAUAAAGGAAACUAUUGGUAUUGUUUUACUAGGAAAAGUUAUCAGUGUUUAUGUGUGAUUUACAGUGACUUUGUGUAGCCUCUCCAUUUUAAGAACUUAGAACUUUUGCUGUAUACCUGGAAGGGUGGAUUGUUAGUAUGUCAAGUUGUACCUGUGCAGCUUGUGUCUGACGUUUUAAAGAAUAAUUAACUUUUAGAGAAGUUACCGCAGGAUAAGAGCAAUUUGAAAUGUGUCCAUGGUUUUUAAAAUGUAAAGUUUGGCUUCAGUUAAAUUGUUUGAAAUUGUAAGUAUAAUUGCAAUGAAGAAGUUUAAUCUCUUUUAAAAGCUGAAUCACAUUUGUUUCUUGAAUUAGUAUUAAUAUGCCAACUAGAAUAUGCCAACUUGUUUUCAGGGUUGUAUAUGUGUGAUUUUUGUUAUGUUGAUUUGUUUGCGCCUUUUUUGAAGAAACCUCUGGUAGUAGGGAAAAACAUGUUUUUGUUGUUUUGCUCUUAAGAUUCUGAAAUUGUUCAGGAUUACGGUGGUUGCUAGAUUACAAAGAAUAAUGCUAAUUGAAUUCCAAUGAAUUAUUUUUACUGUUUUUAUAUGAAAUGUACGAAUUUCUGGGGGUGAUGGUGGCCGUGGUGCCUCUUAAUACCUUGUGUAAAAUACUUGAACACUUUCAUCAAUAUUGCCAUCAUCUGGUCAACACUCCCAGUAUAUUUUCUCAAAGUCUCUACCUAAAAUUGUGUGGAAUGAUAUAACUAAUAAGCAAUAAAGUCUGAAUUACAACAGUU